AUGCUGCGGCUUUUGGCGUCCGGCUCAGCCCGCGGACUGAGGGCCCGCGUGGACGUGCGUCCCGCCGCGGGACCCUGCCACCCCAGGUAUAGCUCCAGUCGCCGGGCUUCUGAUGGCCCCCGGAACCUGCCCCCCAGCUCCGAGGUCGUGGCCCGCUCGGUGGGCGUCUGCUCCAUGAUGCGGCUGCCCCUGCAGACCUCCCCCGAGGGCCUGGACGCCGCCUUCAUCGGGGUGCCGCUGGACAUUGGGACUUCCAAUCGGCCGGGGGCGAGAUUCGGCCCCCGACGCAUCCGGGAGGAAUCUGUGAUGUUGAGGACAGUCAACCCCAGCACCGGUGCCCUCCCCUUCCAGUCCCUCAUGGUCGCCGACCUGGGCGACGUGCAUGUCAAUCUCUACAACCUUCAGGACAGCUGCCGGCUCAUCCGAGAGGCCUACCAGAAAAUUGUUGCCGCUGGCUGUGUUCCUCUGACUCUGGGUGGAGAUCACACAAUCACGUAUCCCAUUUUACAAGCGAUGGCAGAAAAGCAUGGCCCCGUGGGGCUGCUGCACGUGGAUGCGCACACGGACACAGCCGACAAGGCCCUGGGAGAGAAGCUGUACCAUGGGACGCCAUUCCGCCGGUGCGUGGACGAGGGCCUCCUGGACUGUCGGCGUGUGGUGCAGAUCGGCAUCCGGGGCUCCUCCAUGACCUUGGACCCCUACAGAUACAACAGGAGCCAGGGCUUCCGGGUGGUUCUAGCUGAAGACUGCUGGAUGAAGUCGCUGGUCCCUCUGAUGGCGGAAGUCAGGCAGCAGAUGGGCGGCAAACCCAUGUACCUCAGCUUUGACAUCGAUGCCUUGGAUCCCGCCUACGCCCCAGGGACGGGAACCCCCGAGAUCGCAGGGCUCACCCCCAGCCAGGCUCUGGAGAUCAUCCGGGGAUGUCAAGGCCUGAACUUGGUGGGCUGCGACCUUGUGGAGGUUUCACCACCCUAUGACCCUUCUGGAAACACAGCACUCCUGGCAGCCAACUUGCUGUUUGAGAUGCUAUGUGCCCUCCCCAAAGUGACAACCAUCUGA